AAACCAGUAGGGGAAAUGAAGAACUUCUGGAAAAUUCCAGUUUUCUUCUUUGUCUGCAGUUUCCUGGGAUCUUGGGCAUCUGCAGUUGUCAAGCGUCGCCCAAGGUUCCCUGUUAAUUCAAACUCUAAUGGUGGAAAUGAACUCUGUCCAAAGGUUAGGAUUGGCCAAGAUGAUUUACCAGGGUUUGACUUGAUUUCUCAGUUCCAGGUAGAUAAAGCAGCAUCUAGAAGAGCUAUUCAGAGGGUAGUGGGAUCAACGGCAUUACAAGUGGCUUACAAAUUGGGAAAUAAUGUAGACUUCAGGAUUCCAACAAGGCAUUUAUAUCCCAGUGGUCUGCCUGAAGAAUACUCCUUUUUAACUACUUUCCGGAUGACUGGAAGCACACUUGAAAAGAACUGGAGCAUUUGGCAGAUUCAGGAUUCCUCAGGGAAGGAGCAAGUUGGUGUGAAGAUUAAUGGCCAAACCAAAUCUGUUGCAUUUUCAUACAAGGGACUGGAUGGAAGUCUCCAAACUGCAACCUUUUCAAAUUUGCCUUCCUUGUUUGAUUCCCAGUGGCAUAAGAUCAUGAUCGGUGUGGAAAGGAGUAGUGCUACUCUUUUUGUUGAUUGCAACAGGAUUGAAUCCUUACCUAUAAAGCCAAGAGGCCAAAUCAGCAUCGAUGGCUUUGCUGUGCUAGGAAAACUUGUGGAUAAUCCUCAAGUUUCUGUUCCGUUUGAACUUCAGUGGAUGCUGAUCCACUGUGACCCACUACGCCCGAGGAGAGAAACCUGCCAUGAACUGCCAGCUAGGAUAACUGUCAUCGAGACCACCGACCAGAGAGGUCCCCCAGGCCAGCAGGGUCCCCCCGGGCCUCCGGGCCCCCCUGGAGUUCCGGGCAUCGAUGGCAUCGACGGUGACCGAGGUCCAAAGGGUCCCCCGGGCCCCCCGGGUCCUGCUGGAGAACCGGGCAAGCCAGGAGCUCCGGGCAAGCCAGGCACUCCGGGCGCGGACGGGUUAACAGGACCUGAUGGAUCCCCUGGCUCUGUGGGACCAAGAGGACAAAAAGGAGAACCUGGUGUUCCGGGAUCUCGUGGAUUUCCUGGCCGUGGUAUUCCUGGACCCCCUGGUCCUCCUGGGGCAGCAGGACUCCCUGGCGAGCUUGGCCGUGUUGGACCAGUUGGUGACCCUGGGAAAAGAGGACCACCUGGCCCCCCUGGCCCCCCAGGACCCAGUGGAACAAUUGGUUUUCAUGAUGGAGAUCCAUUGUGUCCCAAUUCCUGUCCACCAGGUCGCUCAGGAUAUCCAGGCUUACCAGGCAUGAGGGGUCAUAAAGGGGCUAAAGGAGAAAUUGGUGAACCUGGAAGACAAGGUCACAAGGGUGAAGAAGGUGACCAGGGGGAACAGGGAGAAGUCGGAGCUCAAGGACCUCCAGGAGCUCAAGGAUUAAGAGGCAUCACUGGCAUAGUUGGGGCCAAAGGGGAAAAAGGUGCUCGGGGCUUAGAUGGAGAACCUGGGCCUCAAGGUCUCCCUGGUGCACCUGGUGAUCAAGGACAGCGAGGACCUCCAGGAGAAACAGGUCCCAAGGGAGAUAGAGGACCUCAAGGUUCUAGAGGAAUUCCUGGUGUCCCUGGGUCCAAAGGAGACACGGGCUUGCCAGGUGUGGAUGGCCGUGAUGGGAUACCUGGAAUGCCUGGAACAAAGGGUGAACCAGGGAAACCUGGGCCUCCUGGUGAUGCAGGAUUGCAAGGGUUACCUGGUGUACCUGGGAUCCCUGGAGCAAAGGGUGUUGCUGGUGAAAAGGGUAACACAGGUGCUCCAGGGAAGCCUGGUCAAUUGGGGAAUUCAGGUAAACCGGGCCAACAGGGGCCUCCAGGAGAAGUGGGACCCCGAGGACCCCGAGGGCUUCCUGGCAGCAGAGGUGAAAUAGGACCAGUGGGACCCCCAGGACCACCAGGUAAACUGGGUUCUCUGGGUAGUCCUGGCCUCCCUGGCUUGCCUGGCCCCCCUGGACUUCCUGGAAUGAAAGGUGACAGGGGAGCAGUUGGUGAACCUGGUCCAAAGGGUGAACAGGGUUCCUCUGGUGAAGAAGGAGAAGCAGGAGAAAGGGGUGAACUUGGAGAUAUAGGAUUACCUGGGCCAAAGGGAUCUGUGGGUAACCCUGGGGACCCUGGCUUGAGGGGGCCUGAAGGCAGUCGGGGGCUUCCCGGAGUGGAAGGACCGCGAGGACCACCUGGACCGCGAGGCGUGCAGGGAGAGCAGGGUGCCACCGGCCUGCCUGGCAUCCAGGGCCCUCCAGGUAGAGCACCAACAGAUCAGCACAUAAAGCAGGUUUGCAUGAGAGUCAUGCAAGAGCAUCUUGCUGAGAUGGCUGCUAGUCUCAAGCGACCGGACUCAGGAGCCUCUGGCCUCCCUGGGAGGCCUGGACCCCCUGGUCCCCCAGGACCUCCUGGAGAGAAUGGUUUCCCAGGCCAGAUGGGACUUCGUGGCCUCCCAGGCAUUAAAGGCCCCCCUGGUGCUCUUGGUUUGAGGGGGCCUAAAGGUGACUUGGGAGAAAGGGGGGAACGUGGCCCUCCAGGAAGAGGUCCUAAGGGCUUGCCCGGAGCUACGGGUCUCCCAGGUGAACCAGGUCCUGCCAGCUAUGGGAGGAAUGGCCGGGAUGGCGAGCGAGGCCCCCCUGGGGUGGCAGGAAUUCCUGGUGUACCCGGCCCCCCGGGACCUCCUGGGCCUCCUGGUUUUUGUGAGCCAGCCUCCUGCACCAUGCAGGCUGGUCAACGAGCAUUUAUCAAAGGGCCUGAUCAGUGAAAAGCUUAGUGCUGCGUGGCUGUCUGCAUAAACAAUGCCUGGCAAAGGGGCUUGGAGGGGAAACACCACCGAAGCUGAGGCAAAAGACAACAAUGCAUUACCUUCAAAGUUAUUACAUAAGUCUUAUUUGACAGAUUUAAAACAAUGGUGCUAUUCAAUAAAUCCUUUCUUUUUUCUUGGAGAGGAGACAGCAGAAUCAUCGGAUACAAAAAAAAUCAGAAAACCUAAAACCCUCCCUUUAAAUAAAUUUAUAAUCCCAUUCCCAGGAUCUUGAACUUUAGUGUGCUAUACGUAUGUGAUCUAUCAUGGGCCACUGUGCCAAUAAACAAAAACAACUGUUUGGUUUACCUCAGUUGUAGUAGUUAUUUUCAUUUUUCAUUUAGAUGUUGUUCUCAGAUUAUCAUUUCAGCUAUACAGAGGAUUAGCAGACUAAUUCUGAAGAAACCUCACUGCAGUCAAUAGAAUUGGUGCUUAAAAUUCCCAUCAAUGUGUCCUCUUGGGAGCAGCAAGAAUGUGCUCUGCCCCAUGCAACAAUUUCCGUACAUCACUUGCUGGUUUUCGUAGGCAGCCUGGAUUUUUGUUAAACUGUACUGUAUCCCAAACCCAUUAAUUUUUCAGCUCUUCUAUGUGAAAGCAAAGAAGGAAUUUUAAUAUCCUGCCAUUCGUAAGUUUUAUUGAUAAGAUUAUUUAUUUUCAAGGUUUGAGGUAACAUCUCUGGUUGUACCAAAAAAAUAAAUAUGGUUUCUUAA